AUGACCGUCGAGCAGCCGGACUGGCGCCGUGUCGCUGCGCGCGACGGUGUACCUGCUUACAACAUGUUUACAAGGUCGAUCGUGCGCUCGCAGCAAGACGACCGCGAAUACCGCGUCAUCAAGCUCGACAAUGGCGUCGAAGCGAUGCUAGUGCACGAUGCGAAGGCGGACAAGGCUGCAGCGAGCUUGGAUGUCGCGGUGGGCCACUUGUACGACCCCGAUGAUAUGCCAGGUCUGGCGCACUUCUGCGAGCAUCUGCUCUUCAUGGGUACCGAGACGUACCCCAAGGAAAACGAGUAUUCCGAGUACUUGGCUAAAAACAACGGUCACUCCAAUGCGUAUACGUCCACGGCAAACACGAACUACUACUUCAACGUCGGAACGCACGCACUCCCCGGUGCUCUCGCUCGCUUCUCCGCCUUCUUCCACUGCCCCCUCUUCGCUCCCUCCUGCACGACCCGCGAACUCAACGCGGUUGACUCCGAGCACAAGAAGAACCACCAGGCGGACCUCUGGCGCAUAUUCCAGCUAAACAAGCACCUGACAAAGCCUGGUCACCCGUGGAAGAAGUUCGGAAGCGGCAACAAGGACAGCUUAUCUCGCGCGGCAAAGGAACUCAAGGCUCAAGGCAAACUUGCGGAGACGACCCCGUCUCCCUCGGUGAACGGCUCGCUUGCACCUACCCCGGCUUCAUCCAGGCUCGGAUCGCCCACCCCGUCUUCGACUAGCGAAGUCGAAGCCGAUGGUGGCGCUGUCGGUCGCGAAACUAGGCGUAGGGUAGUUGAAUGGUGGCAGAAGGAAUACUGCGCUAGCCGCAUGCGCGUCUGCGUCCUUGGCAAGGAAUCUCUCGAUGAGCUCUCCGACCUGGUAUCUACGAACUUCUCGCCCAUUCCCAAUCGGGGACGCGACCCUCUGCCCACUAUACCCGACCACCCCUUUGGCACCGAUGAGAAAGGCACCCUUGUCUCGGUUAAGACGAUUAUGUCCUUCCACGCACUGGAGAUCUCUUUCCCUCUGGAAGAUCAGGCCGACCUGUGGAAAUACAAGCCUGCCAACUUCUUGUCACACUUCCUCGGUCACGAAGGUCCUGGUUCCUUGUACUCCUACUUGAAGAACAAGGGUUGGGCGACGUCCCUCGGCAGCGGUCCGCAGAACCUUGCGCGCGGCUUCGCGAUGUUCAAGGUCACGGUUUACUUGACCUCGGAAGGCUUUCUGAACUACCAGGAGGUCAUCUCCUCGACGUUCAAGUACAUCUCGCUCCUCCGGUCGUCGGCUUUCGAGCCCUACCACCAAGAGGAACAAUCUCAGAUGUCCGAGAUACGCUUCCGCUUCGCCGAGAAGAGGCAGCCUGACUCCUACGCCACCUGGAUCGCCGAAACCAUGGCGCGCCCUCUGCCUCGCGAUCAACUGCUCUCCGCGCCCUCCCUCGUCCAGCCGUGGCAAGGCGACGAGCCUGGGACAGAGAAGACCAUCCGGAAGUACCUCGACUCGUUCACGAUGGACAACUGCCGCGUAGUACUGAUGGCACAGGGAGAGGAGCAUGCGAAAUUGGUACCAGAGGCAACGUGGGAGAAGGAGCCAUGGUAUGGGACAGAGUACAGGGUCGAGCGCUUCAAGGAGGAGCAGGUGAAGGAGGCGACGGCGGCGAAUGAUAUUGAGGACCUGUUCUUGCCCGGCCGUAACGAGUUCAUCCCGACCAACUUGGACGUACAGAAGAAGGAUGUGGCCGAGCCCGCAAAGCGGCCGUUCCUCAUCAGGCAAAGCAAGCUCUCGGAGCUUUGGCAUAAGAAGGACGACCAGUUCUGGGUGCCCAAGGCACAGGUCAUCAUCGAUAUCCGCAGCCCUGCCAGCAACGCCUCGCCUGCUACUGCCGUCGCUACUCGCCUGUUCGCCGACCUCGUCAACGACAGCUUGUCCGAGUUCUCGUACGACGCCGACCUCGCUGGCCUAUCGUACAACCUCACGUCGUACACGACUGGUCUUUACGUCCUGGUCAGCGGGUACAACGACAAGGUCGCCAUCUUGCUCGAGCAUAUCAUGGACAGGAUCAAGAACCUCGAGGUCAAGGCCGAUCGUCUGGCUAUCAUGAAGGAGCAAGCCAAACGCGACUGGGAAAAUACCCUGCUCGGGCAAUCCUACAGCCUGUCGGACUACUUCGGUCGCUACGCCCUGACCGAGAAGCUGUGGACGUUUCAGGAGAAGCUCGCUGUGGUUCCUUCAAUCACGGUCGAGGACAUCCAGAAGCAGGCGCAGGCUAUCCUCAGCUCGGUCUACAUGCGCAUGCUCGUGGCUGGCAACGUAUUUAAGGACGAGGCUAUCCGGAUGGCCGAGAUUGCGGAGGAGGGCCUUGGCGCGACCGAGUUGAAGUCGACGGAGCUGGAUGACCAGGCGCUGGCUUUGCCGGAAAACUGCAACUACGGCUGGUUCAUGGACGUGCCAAACCCGAACCAGGCCAACUCUGCCUUAACCUACUACGUCCAGUUCGGUCCCAUCACCGACGAGUCCCUUCGCGUCACCUCCUCCCUCCUCGUGCAGAUCAUGCGCGAGCCCUCCUUCAACGUUCUCCGCACGCAAGAACAGCUUGGCUACAUUGUGCACUGCUCCGCGUGGCUUCUCCCGGGCGGUACGCUCAAGGGCGUGCGCAUCGUCGUGCAGAGCGAGAAGCCGCCGAGCUACCUCGAGGAGCGCGUGGAAGCCUUCCUCGUGGGUAUGCAGAAGACGAUCGAGGAGAUGACGCCGGAGGUAUUUGAGGAGCAGAAGGAUGGGCUGAAGCGGAAGUGGCUGGAGGCGGACAAGAACUUAGCGGAGGAGACGGCAAGGUACAACACGCAUAUUACGACGGGGCAGUAUGACUUCCUGAGGUAUGAGCGAAACGCAGAGCUGUUGGACAGCGUUACGAAGGACCAAGUGAUGUCGCUCUUCAUGGAGCGCGUCCAUCCUUCGUCGACGACCAGGAGCAAGCUGUCUGUGCACGCGCGGUCGAAAAAGCCAAAGCCCCAACCCAUCAGCCUGGCAGCAGCUGAGGCGUUCGAAAACGUCGUUCGUGGUGCAGACCUCGGCGUGGAUGCUUCGGCAUGGAGGGACGCGGUCGGUGGGGAGGAUACCAUCUCGCUCCAUGACUUCGGCAAGCACUGGGUGGGUGUCCUCGGCCAAAAGGAGGGCGGCAAGGCCCUGUUGGCGAAGAUCCCCGAGUUGAUGAAGGCCCAUCCCGCGGAGGUCCCCAGCGAAGAGAGGAAACUAGACCACGUCAAGUUCAUCGACGACCUCAAGGCGUUCAAGAGCACCUUGCAGGUCGCGCCCAACCCAGGACCCAUGGUCCAGUGGGGCGACUUACCUACUCCUAACUUAUGA